ACAAAUGCAAGUAUUUUGAAAUCCAAAUUAUUCUGAAAUCCAAACAUUUUUCGGACCCAGGCAAUUUGGAUAAAGGGUUUUGUACUUGUACACCAUUUUUGGUCACUGAUUAUUUUAGAGAUUAAAAAUUUACUUCACACUGAAUUCCACCAUUAUGGAAUAUCAUCUAUCACAAAUUAUUUCAGUUACUUGUAAAUAGGGCUAGAUGUCUCAUUGCUCUAAAUUCAUAGAGUACAAAUUUGCUUUCUGUGAAGAUGUGAGUGGAACAGGUAACAGAAUUGCUGGAAAUCGAAAAGUACUUUUAAAUGCAAAAUGAUAAAAUCAAUAUAUUUGCUUAUAUGACUGAGUUGUGGUAGCCCUAUCUAGAGUCUCAUAAAGGCACUGGUGAAACAUUGUGCAUGCUAUGCUCUUAUAUUACAGUUUUAUGGCUAUAAGGGCAGGAAUUAGUGUACAAAUGAGCAAUAUCAAAAGCCAAAACAGUAGCUCCCAUUCUGCACAAGUUCAUCCACCUGUGGCACAGACAGGGAGUUUGGAAUCCUGGAGUCAUUAAAUAGUUUGCAAAACAAGAAAAAAAAAAUGAAAAUACUGCUAUGUCAGUUACUUAUUAAACACAUUUGUUGAAUUAAAUGCACUUUUUUAAUUUAUAAUAAUGAAAUAAAAUUUAUGUUUUACAGAGGUCAAAUACAAUGCAGUGUAAUGCUGCUUAAUUACCAUAAAAUACAUAGAAACAUGGCUUUAUAUUUGUUAUUUUGAUGCCUUAAAGUAUUAUUUUAAUUUAUUAUUUUAGAUUAAUAAAUAUAAAUAAAUAUAAAUAUAUGUUGUUACAUGGAGGCCUAUUUAUCAAAGGUCUGUCGGACCUGAUCACUGAAUGCGGAGAGCAAUACGCUCUCCGUAUUCAGCAUUGCACCAGCAGCUCUUGUGAGCUGCUGGUGAAACCCCGCCCCCUGCAGAUUCACAGCCAAUCGCCGCAAGCAGGGGAGUGUCAAUCAACCCGAUCGAACUCAAUUGGGUUGAAUUGUGGCGAUCUCUGUCCGCCUCAUCAGAGCAGGCGGACAGGGUUAUGGAGCAGUGGUCUUUAGACCGCUACUUCACAACUGCUGUUUCUGGCGAGCCUGAAGGCCCUCAAGUUCCAUUCAGAGCUUGAUAAAUGGGCCUCGUGGUGUCUAAAUAUAAUCAUGUGAAUGUGUGUGUGUUUAUGCUGCUCAGUAAAAUACAAGUUUUUUUGUACAUAAUAUACCUUGAUAAUCAUAUUUAAACUGAAAUAGACUAAAAAAGUUUUGUUUUUUUGCUUAGAUUACUUAAAGGCAACAAAUGGACAAUCACAGGAAUGCCUAUGGAAGCAGCAGUAUUCCCGGACAUCAAAUGACAGAUUUUAAUUUUGCACAGAAUCCUUCAUAUCCCUCAGCAGUCCCAGAAAAUUAUUAUGUAGAGUCAAAUCCCGUUUACAUGCCACCUCCACCACCAUACAAUAUUAAUGAUCCAGCAGUUUCCACAUACAACCCAUAUCCAGUUCCUGAACAGCCCCAGCAAGCCUUUGUAAAAGAAAACAAUGUUCUAGAUGUAGAACUUGCCCCUCCCUACACCUCUGGUAUGGAAGACAGCUCUCCUUUCUCUGAGAAAGCAAUUAGAAGAGCUUUUAUCCGGAAGGUGUACAUUACACUGGCCAUACAAUUAGCAGUAACAUUUGGCAUUAUCUGCAUGUUUGUUUUUUGGAAAUCCUUGAAACAUUGGGUGCAGGGACAAUCAUAUUUUGCAUUUGGUUUCUGCGGUGCCGCACUUCUCCUUGUCUUAGUGUUUUCAUGCUGUGACAGUAUACGCCGUAAAGUACCGCUCAACUUCAUUUUUCUUGGAAUAUUUACAGUGAUUGAAGGGUGUAUGCUUGGUGCUAUUUCAGCACUCUAUGAUGCUGAUGCUGUAAUGUGGGCUGCAGGUGCAACAAUAUUUGUCACGCUUGGGCUAACACUUUUUGCAUUGCAGACAAAAUGGGACUUUACCAUGAUGUCAGGAGGACUGUGUAUGGCGUUGUUUGUAUUAUUAUCUUUUGGAAUCCUCUGCGCAAUCAUAAGAUCACAAUGGCUACAGAUCGUGUAUGCGUCAAUUGGAACACUUAUCUUUGGAAUGUACUUGGUUGUGGAUACUCAGAUGAUUGUUGGUGGAAAACAUCGUUACUCAGUUAGCCCUGAGGAAUAUAUCUAUGCUGCGCUCAAUAUCUACUUAGACAUUGUAAAUCUUUUUAUCCUCCUACUUCAGCUCAUUGGAAUAUGUCGCUAGAGUGAAUUGCCAGUCAUACAGGGGAACACAUAUGUAGGUGGUACCUUUUAAAAUGUUCAUUUUGAUUUUGUAUUCAUCACUAAUUUAUUUUGUACUUUUUUCUGUUCUUUGUAAUAUAAAGAUAUUAGAGGUGGAAAUGCUAAAGUUUAUAUAAGAAAAGAAAAUAUUUUGAAUAUUGUUUUAAAUAUGGAACUUAAGAAAUCUUUUCAACUAAGUGUGUUUCAGAUCUUGUAUUAUUUAAUGGCCAGGUCUGGGAUGUGGAAAUGUGCCUAUAAAGCCUAAGAAUGCAAACUGUUCAGUUUAAAGUCAUGUCUUCAUGAACAGAUAUAGAACAGUACAGUGACACUUCUGUAGAUUCACUAACUCGCCUCUCCCUUCCCUGUGUUCUCUGGAGUAGAUUGUUCAUUAAGACGCCUCUCAGUCUUUAAAAGACCACGAAAUACAGUAAAAUUGAAUAACUGACAAAUACACAAUAAGAAGACAAUGUAAUAGCAAUUACUUUGAAUUUUAAUGGAACACUCAAGUCAAAAUUAAACAAUAAUGAUUCAGGUAGCACAUGCAGUUUUUUUUUUUAAAUUUCAUUUUUAUUAUAUUUCAACAUGUUAAUACAUUUUUAAGCAGUUUUCAGGAAACAGAGAAGGUUACAUAAACAAUGAAAAAAAAAAAACAACCAAACAACCGUGAGGAUUCAAUAAUUCUAACAAUCCUUCAUCUCUAGAGUUUCCUAUUGAAUUAUAUUAUUUCUAUAAUUCCUUAAACAAAAAACAAUAACAAAGGAGAGGAAAAAAAAAAAAAAAAAUUUAACAGGGAAAAACAGCACAAUUUCCCUUAUAUACUUUAUGCGUACAGUCAACAAAUCAAACCAAUCUAUUGUUUAUGCUUUUUAUAACCAAUAAUACUCCUAAAUUACCUUCAAGUUAAUUAAGAAUUAAUAUGCUCAAGAUAAUUUUUCUUAGUUGAUCGACCUCAGUUCAAUUUUAUAUUAUUAUUAUUGCAGUCCAGACUCAUAUCUGUUACUUCUCAAUACUUCCACCAAGAGAGAGAGAGAGGGAGAGAAAAAAAAAGAAAAAAGGGGGGAGAGAAAAGAAAAAAAGAGGGGGGAAAGGGAAAGGGAAUUUCCACAUUCGUCCCCCCCCAAAAAACCUUCGAUUCCUAUCCAUUUACCAUAACCCCAGUUGUACUAGCUCUGUGUUUUGGAAGGGAAAUACAAUAUAGUCUAUCUCUGUGGCCGGGAGGGAUUUAAUAAAUGGUGCCCAUUUACUAAAAAAAUUUCUGAUGUCAGAAUCAUUAUUAAUAUCCGUGUCACGUUGUUCUAAUAUACAUUGUUUUUUGAGGAAAUUUUUUAUUUCCACCACACUAGGGAUUUCUCUCGUCUUCCAUUUUUUUUUUUUUAUUUUAAUUUUUUUAUUAAGGACAUUACAUCAUGUAUAAAAAUGCAUUUAGAAUGUAGAAUACAAUUGUACCAAUAUUAUCGUCAUACUUGAUAGCUGGGCUUGUAUUCACAAUAAUUCAGUCCUUAUUUUAAUCCCCAAAAAGAGUUGGGCACUUUUGGCCCUUCAUUAACAAUGUGAAUAAAAGCUGGGGCUUACAAUGAACAUAAAGGACAAUAGGCUUAAUUAGAUUAACCUAAAUGUAAAAAUAAAUGCAGAAACUAAAAACAAAAAACAAGAACACCAGGACUGAAUAAAUUAACAGGAUAUAACCACACCUUAAUUGUCAAAUGAAGCUAUAGGGCUUUUAGACGGUGGAGUCACAUAAAUAAUUUGAGCUUCUGCGAUCUAACAUUGAACCUCACAUGAUAUAUAUAGUAGAACAAAUUAUUCACACAUUGAUAUUGUGCUGUGCUAAACUUAUAGAAGACCUCCUACACACCACCUCGGCCGCUGGCGAUGCAAGGGAAGGCCACAUAAAAAUGCAAAAUGUAUAUCAAACCUGUGUCAACUAUAUUAGGAAGAUAUGGAAGUCUCUUGGUUGUUGAUUUAAGUUGUAUACGUAACAUUGUGAGGAUAUAAAAUCAUAUAAAAAAUAAAAAAAAAAAGUUUCUACUUAAGUGUGGUCUGAAUUUCCUUCCACGUGGAAGCUGUGGCUACCUGUAUUUUAGAAAGAUUAUGCAUGUGCAAACAAUUAAUUCCAAAAUAGCGCUAGACAUUAGCACAUUGCCUAUCUAAUGCAAACACUUCAUAACUUUUAAAGUACCUAAAAAGAAGAACCUUUAAACAUAUAAGAGUCUAGAGUUCCAGCAUAUUAAUUAGAACUUUUACUGCUUUCUGAGAAUUAUAUUUUGUUUAAUGAUUGUCAUCCUUCAGGGAUUGUCAACGAUGGGAGCAUACUUUUGAUACAGGGCAUUGUUAAUACAUUCAGAGACCUUGAAGCAAUAUCUAACAAGCCACUGGGAAACAGAUUUAUCUUUGGCACCGAGUCCACCGUAUCCCAGGGCCCCCCUCUAAAACCCUGAGAAAGUCGCUCAGACUCCGGUCCCUGCAUGUUUCGCAGAUGCACACUUACUGUUCCACAAUGGCCCACAGAUUGCGAUAAUGAAUAGGAUGCUCCCUGCAUAUCGCUAUCGUUGUUGGCGGCUAUAUCAGGAUCUUUAAGCUUUGCUGCGCGAUGCUUCAGAUGAGUCGGCAUCUUGAGCUGAUAGACAACUAAUUUUUGCUCCAUAAUAGCUGUUGACAAAAUGGAUGUUGCUUGAAGGCUUUCUCUGGGUGUCCUCUUCGGCAGUGUUUCUGUGUCGUUCUGUUUUGACAGCUGCGAAGGUUGGUAUGUAACCAGCAGAGGUAGAUCCCCAUCCAAUCGCACCUCAGGUUCUACGGCCGCCCUGGGCCCUAGGGUCAGGCCUGAUUCCUGUGUCGCAGAUCGUUGUAUAGCCGGGACAUCUAAUGUUACUGGUGGUAUCCUAAGCAUAAGGAGUUGGAGCUCGUGUGCCGAGGGUGCCUUUGCUAUUAUCGGCUGAAAAAUCGCCUCCAGUUUAAGAAGCAUUAGAUCAAACUUGGUGUGAGAGUUUUCUUCCCUUGUGCCAGCUGGAGAGUACGCCAUUGUACCGUUCUUUGCAAUUUUCCCGCUUGACAGCUACUUGUAGUUUAUAGGAAUGAUAAGUUGUGCAGAUGCUUAAAAGUAUCGGGUGGGGUUGAUAGGCGAUCAGUCCUAGUAGUACACCCCGGUAAACGGGGGGGGGAUGCUGCCUGUAUAAUCACCGCUGCUACAGGCCUUAAAUGUCCAAUUCUGGCUCCAGGGUCAUAAAUACAGCGAAAUGGUUCUAGUUGUAUUAGAAGUCGUUUAGGACCACAAUUUUACAGUGCUGGCGUUGAAUACUGUAGUUGUGGACUAUUAUAUCAGCGGAUUAUAGGCCACUCUCCUGGAGCUCUUGAAAUGUGCGACUACACAGAGCCGCUGCUAGGACACACCCCCCCUCGUCUUCCAUUUUUUAAAUAUUAAGUACCUAGCUGCCAUUAUAGAGACACUUAUUAUUUUUUCAUUUGAUUGUUGUUCUAUCUGAUUAUCACAGCAAAAUAUAAUUAAGCUUGCCGAUAUCUCCAGAGGGGAGAUCCUGAGAGUAGUAUUGAUCCAGAAUUCUAGUUUUCGACAAAAUUGCCUAAUCAGGGGGCAGUUAACUAUCAUAUGUAAGAGAUCUGCCGCAAUUAAGGAGCACUUAGGACAUUUAGAAAAAUUCAUGUUCUGGAGCUUAUAGCCUUUUUCCGGAGUAUAGUGAAAUUUAUGUAAUAACUUAAGAUGAGCCUCUCUCCAUGUUGCUGAAAGAGUAGCCAUUGACACUUUAUGAAUAGAUUUUUGUAUAAAUUUAUGGUCAAUAUAAUCCUGGGCCAAAAUUAGUCUCCAAUCUUGAGCAAUUUUCUCUAAAGUAUGACUUGCUCUGUUUGCUCCUAAGAGGUAGUAGCAAUAAGAGAUGGACAUACGUCCCUUCUUAACUAACGUGAGCCAAUCCUCUAGAUCUCCCAAAUCCCAUUGCCACUCUCCCUCCCUCGUUAGCUCUAAUGCAUAGUGCCUUACUUGCAAAAACGCAAAGAACUCCUUAUUAGAGAGGUUGAAGCUAUUUUUAAUUUCUUCAAAAGUUCUAACACAUUGUUUUUCUUUAUCAAUGAAUUGGAUCAUUGUGUUCAGUCCCACCAUUUGCCAUUUCUUAAAAAUUGCAGAAUCCAGUCCUGCUUGAAAUAAUGGGUUACCCAGAACAGGGAGAUAUUUUGAAACCUUGCAGUUGAUAGAAAGAAGCUUCCCUAUCUUCCACCAGGCCUUUAGAGGAUUAAAAAUCAUUUUGUUCUCCUUAAUUUUAGAUGGCAAACCUUUUAAGUCACAAUGCAGCAGUGCACAUGGAAGGUAUGGGUCACAAACACUAUCCUCCAAUGCAUUGUUUAAAACGUAGUUAUUACAGAAUAACCAAUCUGCUGCAAUUCGUGCUAAGAAAGCAAAAUUGUAAAGCCGUAUAUCAGGUAAUGCAAAACCAGCAAAUAUUUUAGCAUGUGUUAGUUUGCUCAGGGCUAUCCUGGGUUUUCUCUUCUGCCAGAUGAAGCUUCUGAGCCAGCUGUUUAGCCCUCGAAUAUCCCUAUCAUAAAGUAUUAAUGCUGUGUUCUGUAAUACAUAUAAUAGUUUGGGGAGAAGAACCAUUUUAAACAAGGCUAUCCGUCCUGAAAUAGAAAGAGGUAGAUUUUCCCAGAGUCUAAGUUUAUUUUUAAUUGUGGUUAUAAUUGGAGAAAUAUUAAAAUUAUAUAGAUCCCGUGGAUUAGUAGGUAUUACUAUGCCUAAAUACUUAAAUGACUCAUUAACUAUUCUAAAAGGACUAUUCACCAAGGAGUCUUUAUUUUUUCUAAGCCAGUACAGCUCUGAUUUCAUCACGUUUAUUUUAUAACCAGAGAAUAGUCCAAAUUGGUUAGUGAUUCCCAGCAGCUUAGGUAUAUUAACCCUAGUGUUUGACAGAUAGACAAGGAUGUCAUCUGCGUAUAGGGCUAGUUUCAUCUCCUGUCUACCUAUCGCCACCCCUUCCAGCUGUGACCUAAUCCUGAUGGCUAAUGGUUCAAUACAUAGGUUAAAAAGGAGAGGAGAGAGGGGGCAACCCUGCCUAGUUCCUCUGUUAAGCACAAUUUGUGAAGAGACGGUGUUAUUCACAAUUAAGCUUGUUAAAGGAGAGUUAUACAGAUUCAUAACGAAUUUGAGGAAGUUUUCUCCAAACCCAAACCGUCCCAAUGAAGUAAAAAGAUGGUCAUGUUGUAUCGAAUCGAAUGCCUUCUCAGCAUCGAUGGACACAAUGACCAGGUCAGGAGUUUGUUCCCCCUCUCCCCUCUCCUUCCUCCCCAUGUUAUAAAAAUAUUCUGUUACCACUAGAACCUCUCUGAUUUUUGCUGAGGAAUUCCGUGAAUUUAGAAAACCUGCUUGGUCUUUAUUUAUAAUAUUCGGUAAUAUCUUUUGUAGCCUUUUAGCCAAGAUUGACAUGAAAACCUUAUAGUCGACGUUUAAUAAGGCUAUUGGUCUGUAAGAUUCCCUUUGAACUGGAUCCUUUCCACUUUUAGGAAUAAGUGUUGUGAAGGAGGCAGAAAAAGCUUUCGGCACCAAUUCUCCUUUAAUAUACAUAGCAUUAUAUACAUUACUAAGAUGAGGCGCGAUUUCUGAGGAAAGGAUCUUAUAGAAUUCGCUUGGUAACCCAUCCGGGCCUGCAGCUUUAUUGAUAGCGGAUUCAGAGAUCACCUUCUCUAUUUCUUCUACUCUUAUCGGGGCAUUAAGAGUCUCUAUUAAUUCUACAGAUAUCUUGGGACAACUAAUUUUACUCCAGAACUCCUCUGCCUGUGUUAAAUCAUAUAUUUUAGAGGCAUAUAUAUCUUGAUAAUAUUUAACCAGUUCCUUAUGUAUCUCUGUGUUCUCCGUAAGGAGCUUCCCAUCUACAAGACGUUUUUCAAUAAGUGAUGGCUUUUUCUCGUUUUUGACCAAAUUAGCAAGUUUCCAUAUCUGUAUAGUUUAAGCACAUGCAGUUUUAAACAACUUUCUAAUUUACUUUCAUUAACAAAAUGUGCAGUAUUUUUAUAUUUAAACUUUCUUAGUCACCAGCUCCUACUGAGAAUGUGCAAGAAUACACAGAAUAUACGUAUAUGUAUUUGUGAUUGGCUGAUGGCUGUCACAUGAUACAGGGGGAGUGGAAAUAGACAUAUCUGAAUUUUUUCAGAAAAAAAUCUACUACUCAUUUGAAGUUCAGACUAAGUGCUAUUGCAUUGUCUUUUUCUCAUGCAUUUGUUGAUUAUGCAAAUCUACCGUAUUUACUGGCCCUUUAAAUAAUUCCUGCAUCAAUUAGCUAGAAAUGCAUCUCACCCUUGAUACUGCCAAAUCAUCUUUAAUCCAUUGCUGCUUAGAUUUUACAAGAGCCAGACCUACAGCUGAUCACAAAUGAUGGGCAUGGAAAGGGCAAUCAGCAGACACUUCCUGGUGCUGCAUAGAACUCUCAGUACUUCCAAGUUCAGGCACAACCUAGCCAGCAGUUUACACCACCCCAAACUGUAUUCAUUUUUAUUGAUAACGGAGUUGCAAUAAGAAUGCCUACUAAACAGGCAGUCAGGAACACCUUACACACUGUGUUAUCUGUGGGUAUUCAUCAGUUCUAUCUGCUGAGUUUAAGUAUUGUUUCAGAUAAGUUAAGUAGCACUAACCUACAUGGAUAUGUGGUCUACUGUCAUGAAUCAGCCUUGUACCGUAUUCACAACUCACUUCUUACAUUAUGUCUAUAAAUUAGUUGACUUUGUAAUUACUCAGAAUUGUACAGCACUGUUUGCUUUGUUUUUAAUAAAUAAAUCAUCAUAAUAUUUGGAAUACAAAA